CGAAAAUGAACAUUCCAAAACAAAAUGUCACUUCUUUGACUCACGUUCGCCAUCUUGUUAAGAUUGAGGGCACUUUAUCUCAAAAAAUCCUAGUUGUGAAAGUUCUCAGACCAUCUGAAAGUGUGAUAAAAUUAGAAGACAGUUAAAUAUAUGUUUCAAGUUCAAUAUUUUUCUAGUAGUCUGACGAACAAGUGAUAUAUCUAAAUUUCGUUGUUUGUUUUGAUCAGUCAACGGUAAUUUCGAGCAAUGGCGUGUGCAACUUUGAAGAGAUCUUUGGAUUUGGACUGGGAGCCUGUCUCUGCCAAGAGGAGAAGAUGUGCCCAAUUUUGUACCAGUCCGACACAUUCUAAUACCCCAUGUAGUUCAAAUUCAGCUGCAGCUUCAACGCCGAAGCAGGCCUCCGUUUUUCCCGACGUAAUGGGCAGAAAGCUAACGCCAGAAUACAUGGCGGAAAGUAUCAAAGCUGAGCUCAGGAAAAUUCAAAGACGCAGAGAAAUGAAAUAUGGAAAUAUGGAUUGUUCAGACUGCAGUUCUGGAGGAGAAUCUCCGUCUCGCUCUGAUAUACCUCUCUUUACUUUUAAGCAGGUUGGAAUGAUUUGUGAGCAUAUGCUUAGAGAAAGAGAAUCUGAAAUUAGACAGGAAUACGACAAUGUCUUAGCUGCCAAGCUUUCAGAACAAUAUGAUGCCUUUGUUAGGUUCACUUAUGAUCAGAUUCAUAGGAGUUAUGAUUCUGCUCCAAGCUAUUUAUCGUAAAACUGACAUGUCGCCGCAGCGAAUGUUUUGUUCAUAAUUAUCAUCUAGCUAUGGAUAACUAUUUAAGGACCGUUUAUUACAAUUAUAUAAGAAGUCGUACAUCAGUGUGAGAUGCCUUAGAUCAUAAUCAUAUUUGCUCUUACGCACUACUCGAUUUGUAUAUAUAUAGUACAUAAUAUAUGAUUAAUAUUAUAUAUAACCUAACUGUCACAUCAUAUAUUUUUUAUGAUAUCACUUUGUUUUCAUCAGAAUCGAUACACCAAAACUUGAAAUGUUAUAAUUAUUCAAAUUUAUGUACAUAUGUUUUAAUAUGCCUUAACAACUUAUUUUUUAAUGAAGCCUAUUUUAUCAUGAUCCUCUCAUUGUUUCUUGGUACCUCUAGGCCUUGAAAAAAAUAUAUUAUUCCAUAUGACUUUAAAUAUAACGGUUAUUGACUUGAAAUGUAUGUAGAUAAGACGGUCUGCCAUGUAAGUGUAUCUGAUUCUCUAGUUACUGAUGAUUCAUUCAAUUCCAGAUUGAAAAAUCAUUCUUUCUCGAUAAAUAUUAAGGAUUUUUGUUAAUGUCUUACGCAUACGUUGUUCGAUAGAUUUCAUCUAUUUUUGCUAGAAUUAUAGACUGAGAGAUCUUGAUGCGGUUGAUGUAAUCAAGUUCAAAUGAAAGAAAUCGAAAUUUUUAUGCGAGUAUUAUGGAUUAUCAAUGAAAUCUAACGUGCAUCUUAGUUUUGUUGCUAGUGACGGAUUCGAUAAAUUAAGGAACAAUUUUUGUUCCUCAAAUACUCUUUUCAGAUGGAUUUUACCUCGAAGAAUAACUUCAUGAAUUUCAUAUAGUGAACAUUAAGUUAAGGAAAUAUUUUUGAUUGUAAGUUUGGUGGAAAAAAUAUUAGAAAUUAAAAAAAAAAAGUAUGUUAUAAGUUGGAUUUCCAAAUGGACUUGGUGAAUUGGAAUUGAAUGUUUGAAUCCUUCUCGAAGGAUUUUUCUACUUACCAUUAUUUCUGAAGAUUCAGUGGUUAAUUACCCUUUCUGUUAGGGAUCCUUUUUUGUUUUUUUUAUUAUUAAUAUUUAAUAUGUAAAGUACUAAAGUAGUAGUUUCGGAUUAUAAUUUCCAAUAAAAAAUAAACUGUUGAAUGGUU